AUGCGCCUGCCUUGGGCCGCCUCCCCCCGUGGCCUGGCCUGGGGGCCACUCUUGCUGGGACUCUGCGGGCUCCUGGCUGCGUUCCAGCCCCAACUGGUACCCCCAUACCACUCGGAGAACCAGACCUGCCAGGACCAGGAAAAGGAGUUCUACCAGCCCAAUCAUCGGAUCUGCUGCUCUGGCUGCCCCCCAGGCACCUUUGUCACAACUCAAUGUAGCCGCACCCAGGACACAGCUUGCUCCCCAUGCGCCAAGAAUUCCUACAACGAGCACUGGAACUACCUCACCAAAUGUCAGCUGUGCCGCCCCUGUGACGCAGUGAUGGGCUUUGAGGAGAUCGUGCCUUGCACUAGGAUACAGGAGACUCAGUGCCGCUGUCAGCCAGGAAUGUUCUGUGCCCACCGGGAUUCCGAGUGUACACACUGUGAGCCACUCUCUAACUGCCCGCCUGGCACUGAAGCUGAGCUCAAAGGUGAAGACAGGGAGACUGACAACAACUGUGUCCCCUGCAAGGCAGGGCACUUCCAGAGCACCUCCUCCCCCAGCGCCCGCUGCCAGCCCCACACGAGGUGUGAGGACCAGGGCCUGGUGGAGGCAGCUCCAGGCACUGCUCAGAAUGACACUAGCUGCAGGAAUCCAUCAAAGCCACUGCCAGGUGAGGGGCCAGGGCUGAGGGGAACUAUGUUGGUGCUGGCCGUCCUGCUGCCACUCGUCUCCCUCCUGCUCCUCACCACCGUCCUCGCCUGCACCUGGAAGAGCCACCCCUCUCUCUGCAGAAAGCUGGGAUUCCUGCUCAAGAGGCAUCCAGAGGGAGGGGACACCAAUGCUGAUGCAAGCUGGGAGCCUCAGAGAACCAACCCACAUUUCCCUGACCUGGUAGAGCCACUUCUGCCCAACUCUGGAGACUUGCCACCAGCCUCUGCCAGGCACCCAACAACUCCAGGGUUGGAGGAGGAGGUGCUACAACAGCGGAGUCCUCCGGGUCAAGCCAGGGAGCUUGAGGCUGAGCUCGGGGAGCAGGGCCCAGUGGCCCAUGGUACCAAUGGUAUUCAUGUUACCGGCGGGUCUAUGACUGUCACUGGCAAUAUCUACAUCUACAAUGGGCCAGUACUUGGGGGAGCACGGGGCCCUGGAGACCCUCCAGUUCCCCCAGAGCCUCCAUAUCCCAUCCCAGAAGAAGGUGCCCCUGGCCUUCCUGGCCUCUCUACCCCCCACCAGGAAGAUGGUAAAGCUUGGCACCUGGCUGAGACGGAGACACUGGGGUGCCAUGCCCUCUGAUGGGGUCAAGGAGCCAAUUUGUCACUCACGCUUGUUGGUGUCUUGGAA